AACAGGCUUAAGCAUUAAGAAUAUUAAUAAAUAUCAUUCUGAAGAAAUCCGUUGAGCAAAAAUACUUCUGUCUUUCGUUACUGAGAACGAAGAUGCCCGCAGCAACAAUAGGGAACAGUGCAGUCCAGCCCUCCAGUCCGGAACUGGGUUGUGCUCAAACCUCGAUGAGCCAGUCACCAGGGGUCCAGUGUGAGGCCCUGAAGCAAGUCCUCAGUGUUCUCGACAAAAAGGUUCGCAACAUGGAAAAGAAGAAGAGCAAGUUGGAUGACUACCAGACCAGGAAAAACAAAGGAGAGAGGCUCAACCAAGAUCAGCUGGAAGCUCUGUCUAAAUCUCAGGAGGUAGCACAUAACCUGGAGUUUGCUCGGGAGUUGCAGAAAGGUUUCCUGACUUUGAACCUUGAAGUCCAGAAAGCUGUGAAGAAGAGUGCAAGGCGAGAGCAGCUGAAGCGGGAGGAGGCAGAGCGAAAGCGGCUAAAGUCGGUGCUAGAGAUGCAGUUCAUGCUGGACCAGCUGGGAGAGGAGAAUGUGAGGCAGGAGCUGAGCCAGGCCAGCGGGGACUCUCCUUUACUCACAGAGAGAGAUCUGGCUGCACUAGAUGACUUCUACAAGCUGGUUGGGCCUGAAAGGGAUGUAAACAUUAGAUUGACUGAGCAGUUUGAGGAGGCAUCAGUGCACUUGUGGGAGCUGCUGGAAGGAAGGGAUAAAGCUGUGGCAGGAACCACAUACAAAGCACUUAAGGAGACCCUGGACAAGAUGCUACAGAGUGGAUACUUUGAUCGAAUGCCGCUUCAUCAGAAUGGAGUUUGUGAAGAGGAGCAGCCUGCUGUCACUGAGUUACCAGAGAGUGAAGAACACCCUAGUGAGCCAGAAGGGUCUGCCACUCAAGAAUACACAGACACACUUGAAGUUGAGGCAACAGAGUUUGUAAACAGACAGUUCAUUCCAGAAGCUACCUACAGCAGUAACGACAGGGAACAUGUAGGAGAGUGGAACAGUGCUGGGUCUGAGCAGGUGGUCAGCUCCCUCCAGCAGCAGCAGCAGCAGCAGCAGCAGCAGCAGCCUCAUGCAGCGCUAAGCCCAGCCCUUGUCAGCUCUGAAAAUGUCCUCGCUGCUCCUGCUGCUGACCCUGUGGUCAGGAAACAAGCGGUCCAGGACCUCAUGGCUCAGAUGCAGGGCACUUACAACUUCAUGCAGGACUCUAUGUUGGAGUUUGAUGGAGCACCUAUAGACCCAGCCAUUGUGUCGGCACAGCCCAUGAAGCCAGCUCAGAUGGUUUGUGCCCCAGAACCCAGACUCUCCCAGCACAGCACAGUUCCUGUACAACCUGAACCAACGCAGGUGUCCAUGGUCUCUCCUCCACCUGAGGCUUACUCAUCACCCGCCCUCUAUCAGACCUCCCACAACCCUGACCUCCGCCCUCAGUCAGACGCCAUCAGCCCCCAUCAGGUCUCAUUGCCCCUGUCAUCUGAGCAGCCCCCCGCCUCCUCCUCCCUACCCUCUGCCACCCAACCACAAGUCUUUCAGCCAGUCUCCAAACCCCUACACAGCGGCAUCAACGUCAAUGCAGCGCCAUUCCAGUCAAUGCAAGCGGUGUUCAAUCUAAACGCCCCAGUUCCCCCAUCCGGUGAGAUGGACUCACAGAAGUUGUCUAACCAGUAUCAGAGCAGCUACAGUCAAGGCUUCAGUGCCCAGUCUGCUCACUCAGUGGAGCAGCAGGAGAUGCAGCAGGAGCCUCUGGAAUCUGUAGUUGGAUCCUUCCACUCCCAAGAUCAAGGCAUUACUUCUGCUGGCCAUCAGACCAUGUCGCAGCAACCCACAGGGCAGGGCGCCGGCUUUGGCAGACCUGGACAGUCUUUCUAUAACAACAGAGCCAUGCCCCGUGCUGGCCCAAGGAAUGCCCGUGGGGCCCUUAAUGGUUACCGUGGACCUUCUAAUGGUUUCAGAGGAGGAUAUGAUGGGUAUCGCCCUGCUUUCCCAAAUGCUCCAAACACUGGUUAUGGGCAAACCCAGUUCAGUGCUCCAAGGGAUUAUUCCAGUAGCAGCUACCAGCGGGAGGGUUUUCAGCAGAACUUCAAACGUGGAGCCGCCCAGGGACCUCGAGGUUGCUCUCGAGGACGAGGGGGACUGUUCAGAGGUAGCCGAGGGAUGGUCCCACUGGCAGCACAACAGACCAGUUAACCCAUGAACAACCUCUCUCAUAUCUGCGUCAGCCCUGGGACCUCCGGACUCCAGCUGUGCUACUCCAAUCCAUGCGUUGUCCUUCCAGACCUGAUGUGGUCUCAGUGUUGGUUGAGUAAGGACCUAAUCAGUGAUUAUGGGGAUAAACAUUGAAAAUGAAGCCUUUCCUCUCCCAGACUUGCAUUCUCUCUUCUAGAGCUUUCAAUCAAUCAUAUGUAAUGUAGCCUUAAACUGACCAAACAGGAACAUUUGUGCCUUUGCGUAUGUACUGUUAAUUUUGGAUUGGACUGGCAGGAUUUGACUGAAGGGUGGAUAUAGGUGGAUAUGACUGAAGACCAAAGGCUCCCUGGUUUGUUCACAAUGUCUAGUCAAUGUGAAGGAUAUAAGUACUGUACUGUGUCAUGUAUGAUUUCUUUUCUUUUCUUUUUUUUUUUGGUUUGUCCAAAUGGUUUACUGCAAAUGCAUGGUUUACUGUAUGUGUAAUCAAAAUUGCUAAGAAUCAUUUCUUUGAAUAACUGGCUUGGCUGCUAAAUACUGCAGAUUAAUAAAUACCUCAUUUGAGGAAUGAUGGAUGUACAGUUAGCUGCCGUCAUAAUGGACUGAACACGGUGGAGACUUGGUAUGACUGUCAGCCAAGAUUUACCACUGAAUGUGACUGGUUCCAGAGUUCUCAAAUCUAACAGACAUGUUUGUGUACGGCAUCCAAACAUAUAUUAGCGAAAAGCUGUGUUUAUCUGAAUAGCAUACUGAAUAAAUAACUUGAAUGUUGCGUCUUCUUGGCCCAAAUUAAGUUUUUGUGAAGUGUAGACAGUCUAAGAAAACAGUUCAGUAAUAUGCACAUCUCAUGCGCCACUGGAAAAUAGCCACUGAAUGCUAGUGUACAGAGUCAAUGCUAUAUAUUUUACUAAACAGGUAAAUCUUAGGAUUGUGAUUGUAUUUUGUCAUUUGGCCAGGGGAUCAGUAUGAAGCUAGUGAAUAAUAUCCACUUUAUUCAAAGGCUGUGUACAUCUGUGAACAAUUGAGUAUCUCUUGA